GACAGCCCUUGUUUCUCAUCCUUUCUGCCCUGGUGAGGCCUCACCUGGAGUACUUGGACUCCCCAGUUCAUGAAGGACAAGGAGCUACUGGAGAGGGUCCAGCCCAGGGCACUGAGAUGCUGAGGGGGCCGGAGCAUCUGCCUGGGAGGAAAGGCUGGGAGAGCUGGGGCUGCUCAGCUGAGAGAAAAGGAGGCUGAGGGGGGAUCUGGUCAGUGCUGGUGAAUAUCUCCAGGGGGUGGCAGGAGGAUGGGGCCAGACUCUGCUCAGGGGUGCCCAGGGACAGGACAAGGGGCAAUGGGCACAAACUGGAGCACAGGAGGGUCAAGCUAAUAAACAUGAGGAAACACUUACUGAGUGUGAGGGUGACAGAGCCCUGGGACAGGCUGCCCAGGGAGGUGGUGGAGUCUCCAUCCCUGGAGAUACUCCAACCCCACCUGGAUGUGUUCCUGUGGGAUCUGCUCUAGGGGAUCCUGCUCUGGCAGGGGGUUGGGCUGGGUGAUCUCCAGAGGUCCCUUCCAACCCCACCACUCUGUGACUGUGUUAUUGGAGCAACCAAAACCCUCAUCCUAUGAAGACGAGCUGCCUUGGUUGCCAGACUGGCUCCAAACUGGCUGGCAUUAGUGCCAGUCCAGCCCUGCUUGCUGUAAUCUGGCUUGACCUUUCUCUUGACUCUAAAAUCUCUCCUUUGAUUGUAGAAAACCAGAAUCAUCUUGUACUGAGAAACUGAGCUAGUGCAGAGUGCCCGUGGGAAGGUAUUUGUGAAGGAGGGGGGGGGGGAAAGUUAUGGAAAAAAUGUGCGUGUGCGUCCGACUUUGGUUUUUUGUCUAAGUUGUCUCUUCUGAGGCCACUUGGCUCUGCGAAUUGGGUUUUCACUUGAAGCACUCAGUGCAGCUGAUACGUCGUGGCUGCUUUAUCAGGCUGGCUGGGGUGGGACCAUGGCAACUCUGGCCUGAGCAACAUCGUUAGUGGUGAGUGACACUGAGGUGACUUCCCCUGGAGGGCAGGGCGGGGUCCAAAGGGCUGCCAUUAUGAGCAGCCACAGAAGGAGCUUUUUGGCUGGACUCAGGGUGGGUGCUGAGCAGCAGGCCCAUGUUGGUGUCAUCUCAGGACAGCAGGGUGGCUUCCCUAAAAGGAAACUAGAGAAAUCAAUUCUUUUGAGCGAUGCUUUGCUCGCUGGGGUUUGCUGAAGGGCUCUCUUAGCAGAGAGGAGGCAGGAUGUGAGCUGCCCUGCUUACUGGGUCACUGGGAGGGAAGUGGCUGCCUCUCUGACCCCUCCCCAGCCUGCAGGAGCCCUCGGGUUGCAGCUGCCCGAGACACAGGACUUUUUUUUCUUCUUCUUCUUCUUUCCCCUUUUUUGAGAAAGGAAACUCUUUGCCUCAGUGCCUACGAGCACAUGUAGAAGUUGCAGAGUUGGGCCGAGCAAUUGUGGAGUGACCUGCCGAGGCCAGAAACGCAGAUCAGGACCAGAUGAGCAGAGGGAGGUUUCUGUGAAGAUCAGAGUCGCCCCAGCCGGGCCGCGGAAGUGGCCCAGCAGCGCCGCGUCUCCGCCUGUCACCACCACGGACCUGGAAAGAGAAAGAAGAGAAGAAAAAUGUCCCACGCUUUAAAGCAAGUGUUCAAUAAAGACAAAACCUUCCGGCCCAAGCGCAAGUUUGAGCCGGGGACUCAGCGGUUUGAGCUGCACAAGAAGGCUCAAGCCUCCCUCAACGCCGGCCUGGACUUGAAAGUCGCCGUCCAGCUGCCGCCAGGAGAGGAGCAGAACGACUGGGUGGCCGUGCACGUGGUGGACUUCUUCAACCGCAUCAACCUGAUCUACGGCACCAUCAGUGACUAUUGCACAGAGCAGUCCUGCCCCGUCAUGUCGGGGGGACCCAAGUACGAGUACCGGUGGCAGGACGAGCACAAGUACCGCAAACCCACCGCCCUGUCUGCUCCCCAGUACAUGAACCUCCUGAUGGACUGGAUUGAGGUACAGAUCAACAACGAGGACAUCUUUCCCACUAACGUUGGUACUCCCUUCCCCAAGAACUUCCUCCCAGUGGUGAAGAAGAUUCUCUCCAGGCUCUUCCGAGUCUUUGUCCAUGUCUACAUCCACCAUUUUGACAGGAUCACCCAGAUGGGGUCAGAAGCCCACGUGAACACCUGCUACAAGCACUUUUACUACUUUGUGAAAGAGUUCAAUCUCAUAGACACCAAGGAGCUGGAACCACUGAAGGAGAUGACCUCUCGGAUGUGCCACUGAGAUCAGACCUUCCUGCUCCCACUUUGGCUUCUCUUCCAAGGCCUCCAAGUCCCACUUUUGCAUUGGAGAUGUGAUUCAAGGGGAGAACAGAGACAUUUUGUUAAAGAAAUCUAUAUAUUUUUAAUGAGUUUCAAUGUAAAACUGUGAUACUGCAGGAAUAUUUUUUUAAAGAUGCUCUAGAUAAACUAGUUUUUUAUAGUAAUUUCUAUAAAAAAAAAUAAAUAUGUGGGGCUCCUUGGUGGAAAUGCUCACUCUGGAGGAGGGAGGAGCCACCCUGUACUGCCUCUUCCCUGUCCCCUCACUGCAGAGGCACCAAGUGAGCAGAUCCAGGUGGUUCAGACAGAGCCAUGUGGUGGAGCUGGUGCUGCCAUGGAAGUGGUACUUCCCUCUGAACACCCCUUUCCCACCUGGGAAAGGAGGUUUCGUGGGGGUUGGGGAAGAAAUGCUGGUGUACAUGGAUCCCCUGGGAUGCUGUUUGCUUCCAGCACCUCUUCCACUGGCUGUCACUUUUUGGACAGAGCUGCUGUUGUGCUCACCCCUCACUUGGCAUCCUGUCCCCAAGGCUUGGCCCUUCUGCUUUCCCUCUGAAGUUGGAUUUGGGUUUCUCUGAUGGCUUGACUGGCACUGGCACGAUGCUGUUGGGAGCUCCUCCCCACACACAGCCCAGCUGGGUGUGCUGUCCCCAAAGGGGACUGGGAUCCAGGCUGGCAGUGCUGGGCCAAGCAGGCCUGUGCCUCGUGGGAAUGAGCAGAGGGAGGGCUCUAGGACAAGUGUGGGGAAGUCUUCUCCAGCACCUGCACUUCCCUGUCUCCUUGUGGUACGCUGACCCUGCUGUGAAGGAACUGGGCUGCUUGCCCUCCAGCCUCACUUACUGGCUCUGCCUGGACCAUUGUCUGCUUCCCAUUAGGUACAGAGCCUUGUCCCUCUUCUCCAGCAGUGUGUCCCCACUUGGCUGCACCCAUCUCCUGCCCAAAGUCUGGUUGCAGCUGGAGACACUGGCCUUGCCUGCUCCUUGCACCAGCACCUCCACUGCCUGCAGAGUUUUGCAGUGCCCCCGAGGUAGGUAGGAAGUACCUAGGAUUUGGGGGGAGUGGGGACCAGUGUUUACAGUAAGAGAAAAGGUUUCUGUGAACAGUGACCAAACUGUACCACUAACCACUUCUUCCUUACAAAGCUGUUCUGUGUCCUGGAAUCUCUGUACAUACGUGACUCUCGUUUCUUGUACUAGUGUUAGGACACUUGUACAAAUACCACUAUAGUUCUCUGCAAUGGAACCAAUAAAUUAUGUUGUAUUUACAUAGCA